GGUCCAACUCGUCGUAUAUAAAGAAAGGCAGUUGGGAGAAGAAGAAAAGUUGAAAAGAAAGAGAAAAAUGGAGGUUGAGAGAGUGCAGUCUAUCGCUUCACAAUCGAAGCUAGCAAACAUCAUCCCUUCCCAAUUCAUCCGGCCGGAAGACGAGCAGCCGGCGGCGACCACCCUGCACGGGGUGGUGCUGGAGGUUCCGGUGAUCGACCUCGGCGGCGGCGACAUUGAUGAUAAGACUAGGAGAUUGAUAAGCGAAGCAAGCAGCGAUUGGGGGAUCUUCCAAGUGGUGAACCAUGGAAUCCCCGAUGAAGUCAUAGCCAAAUUGCAACGAGUUGGGAGAGAAUUCUUUGAGCUUCCAGAAGAAGAGAAGGAGUUGAUUGCUAAAACACCAGAUUCUGGAAUCCAAGGCUAUGGAACUAGCUUGCAGAAAGAGGUUGAAGCCAAAAAAGGUUGGGUUGAUCAUUUGUUCCACAUUAUAUGGCCACCUGCAGCUAUCAACUACGACUUUUGGCCUCAAAACCCACCUUCUUACAGAGAAGCAAAUGAGGAGUACGCGGAGAAGCUUCUAGAGGUUUCGGAGAAGCUGAUGAAGUGGUUGUCGCUAGGGUUAGGGCUGGAGGAGGGGGAGCUGAAGGCGGCUAUGGGCGGCGAAGACGUGGCUUAUCUGAUGAAAAUAAACUACUACCCGCCGUGUCCCCGCCCCGACCUUGCGCUCGGGGUGGUGGCCCACACCGACAUGUCGGCGAUCACGAUCCUCGUACCCAACCAAGUUCAAGGCCUCCAAGUCUUCAGGGAUGAGCACUGGUACGAUGUCAAGUAUAUACCUAAUGCCCUCAUCGUACACAUUGGCGACCAAAUUGAGAUACUAAGCAAUGGGAAAUACAAGGCUGUGUAUCACAGGAGUACAGUAAACAAGGAGAAUACUAGAAUGUCUUGGCCUGUGUUUGUGGAGCCACCUCAGGAUUUUGAAUUGGGGCCAAUUCCAAAGCUUGUGAAUCAACAAAAUCCACCAAAAUACAAGACCAAGAAGUAUAAAGAUUAUGCUUAUUGCAAGCUUAACAAGAUUCCUCAGUGAUUUUGUCACUCUACCCACCAAACAAAUAAGAGCUGUUGUAUUUGGAAUCAAAACGCUGUGUUUUAAUGCAUAGGCAUAGCAGCCUCUGCUGUGAUUCCCAUCAAUUUCAAACAGGGGGAAGCUUCAAUUUUUGUCUAAAA